GUUACUUCCGAGGCAGACGCAGAAGUACCGGAGUCCGGGGUUUGACUGCGAGGACUCCGUGCCAGCCGCUCUCCUUGGUAGCGUUCUUGGAGAGGUCGGUCCUUCAGGGCCCGGUUCCGCCAGCGCAGACCGGACGGGACCGAUGUCCCGCCGCCCCUCGGCCAGGCGCUGAUGCCCGCUGUGCCCGGGAGGCCCCGCAGCGGGCCCGGGUCAUGAGCCUGCUGGGCGGCCUCACCCCUUCUCCGCGGGCCGCGUCGCAGGCCGCCAAGGCCAGGAUGAAAAAGCUCCCGAAGCGGAGCCAGAACGAGAAGUACCGGCUGAAGUACCUGCGGCUGCGCAAAGCCGCCAAAGCCACGGUGUUUGAAAAUGCUGCUAUUUGUGAUGAAAUUGCUCGUCUUGAGGAAAAAUUUCUUAAAGCAAAAGAAGAAAGACGGUACUUGCUAAAGAAGCUUCUCCAGCUUCAGGCUCUAACUGAAGGGGAAAUACAGCCUGCAGCUCCUCCCCACAGCUCCAAUUUGCCCCUGGCUUAUGGUGUGGCCAGCUCUGUGGGAACUCUACAGGGAGCUGGACCCAUUUCUGGGCCCAGCACUGGGGCUGAGGAGCCAUUUGGGAAGAAAUCCAAGAAGGAGAAAAAAGAAAAAGGCAAAGAGAACAACAAACUGGAAGUUCUGAAGAAAACAUCCAAGAAAAAGAAAAUGGAGGGAGGUGCUCGCAAGCUGGUUCAGCCCAUUGCCCUGGAUCCCUCAGGACGGCCUGUGUUCCCCAUCGGACUGGGGGGUCUAACAGUAUAUAGCCUGGGGGAGAUCAUCACCGACCGACCUGGCUUCCAUGAUGAGAGCGCCAUCUACCCUGUGGGCUACUGCAGUACUCGAAUCUAUGCCAGCAUGAAACGCCCAGACCAGAAGUGUCUGUAUACCUGUCAGAUCAAGGAUGGUGGUGUGCAACCUCAGUUUGAAAUUGUUCCUGAAGACGACCCCCAGAACGCCAUCGUCGGUUCUUCUGCAGAGGCCUGUCAUGCAGAACUGCUCACGGCCGUAAGUGCUACUGCGGGGAAACCAGUGUCUAAUGUGCUUCCAUCUGGAGCAGACUUUUUUGGGUUUUCUCACCCAACCAUCCACAACCUGAUCCAGAGUUGCCCCGGAGCUCGAAAAUGUGUCAAUUACCAGUGGGUGAAAUUUGAUGUGUGCAAACCUGGAGAUGGGCAGCCACCCGAAGGCCUGCUGGAGAGUGAGGCAGCUAUAAGCUUUGAAGCCUUUCAGAGACAGACCUUUGAUGAAGAUCAUACUGAUCCCAUGCUACAAGGACCGCUGGACCUCCCGGAGCUUCAGCCUGCAGCCUUUGUGUCAUCUUACCAACCCAUGUUCCUGGCACACGAGCCCUUGGUUGACAAUCACCUAGAGCACUUGAAGUCUCCAGCGCAGUGUAGCCCAACGCAGUCUCUAGACUGAACGAGAAGGGGUCAGAUACCACAGCAUUUUCACAAUGACAAUUUUUUUAACUUAAUCUAAAACUUAGAAUAUAUAGAAGAAAGCAGCAGUUCAGAAGAAAUUAACACGUUUUGUUGUGGAGCUUCCCAUGGUGGCAGUUUUCCCUGAGAAAAACUUCACCUACUUUAUUUUUAGUAAUAAAUUUCUCUUGACAAUUCUGCU